AUGUCCAACUUACAAGGGUCCUAUGGGACUAAAUCGUUUCUCUCGAUGACUGGCUUGAAAGCCAGUCAAUCCGAGCAAGACAUCAGCACCUCUCAUUCUAGGAUCAACCUGUCUCAGAUGAAAUUAAAUAAAUUGUUGGAGGGGAAAAAAUGGGAGAAUUUAGAAAGUUUUGGGUUGGAAGAAUUGAGAAAUGGGUUCUUCGAUCCAGUCUAUACUGGAUACGAACGAUUACAACCAACUGAUCCGACUGAUGUAGACCAUUUCGAUGAAACUCGAAAGCCUUUGUUCCCACACAUCGAUCCGAAGGGCACUAGAAAAUAUUGGAAACAUAUCGUCAAAUAUUGGAUAGCAAUCUUUGUUGCAAACAUUCUAUGUCUUAUCAGACCUGCUGGUAACUGGUUCGGUGGAGAAUACAGAUAUUUUUUACCGUUGGCUGUUUUAAUUCACCAUCCAUCAAGAACGGUUGGUGUACAAUUAGAACUAUCAUUGCAGUCUAUCUUAGGUGCCGCCAUAGGGAUGGGAUAUUCCAGUUUAAUAUGGUUUGUAUCUACAGCUACAAAACCAGCCGCUACAAACGCUGGUGGUAUCCUUUUUCUAGGACUUUUCUUAGCUGCAAUUUUCACGCAUUGGUUAAGAACCACUUAUCAAAGGUUAUUCUAUUUUUCAACAUCAUUUGGGAUUGCAGCACUAUUCUUUUGUGGAUCAAGCCUCGUAUUUAACAAAUCUGAUCUCGAUUGGAAAUUGUACUGGGAUUUUGGAAUUUCUUAUUUAUUUGGAAUUCUUCUUGCCCUGCUGGUAUGCUGUACGGUAUUCCCACACACUUGUCAUUUUACAGCUAAAGUUACUUUAAUAUCUACUCUUGAAGAAAUGAAGAGCUUUCUAUGCAAUGUCAUUGACCCGAAACAUUGCGAAGAUGUAACCAGCUUACGAGAAACCCAAAACAAGAUGAGUGAGGCUGUCAAUAUAUAUCUCUCGGAGGGAUUGAGGGAAUUCAGUAACCAAACCACGUUCACGGUAUUUGAUGAUGAGUGCUUAAAGGAAUUGCGUAAUGUCAUAACGUUUACUGCUUCACCAUUACGUGUAUUGCCAACUAACAAUGGCCUAUUAACAAAGGCGGAAUUGGAGCAGUUUUUCAAAGACGGUACGAAUACGGAGGUGCCAUCAUCUCAAGCGAAAUCUGCCAAUUCACCAAUGAUUUUCUCUGGAAUGCAAACUCCUCAGGCGUCUUCUGGAAUCCCAAAUCUUGGUAUUGACUUCAACACAGCCAUUUACAAUAAUAUUCUACGGUCAUUUUUUGCAAAACCCAUUUACCAAUUGAUUCGUGAAAUGCUUCUAGUAAUUGAAUCUAUUCAGAGUUACAUCGAGCUUUAUUCAAAUUUCUCUGUCAAUAAAAGUGAAGUGGAGCAAUCAAUGAGAAAACUACAAAAACUCCAAAAGAAACUUAGGCGUAAAAUCUACAGAUUGGAUGUUGCUUAUAAAGAUUUCACCAAAACUAACUUCUUUUGUAAGGACCUACUUCAGGAUCCAAAUUCGACCGAUGCUUUUUUGUUUUUAAGAUAUGUUAGACAGUCUGCGAAAUCAAUGAUUGCGGUUGCCGAAAGAACCAUAGAUUUGGCAAAGAAUUUGAAAUGGAGGAUAUGUUUACCCAACUAUCCAUUGCAACGCUCUUUAACUCGUCUUCCUAGACAAUGUGCUCUUGACCAAGGCGCAAACGCAGUACUACAUUAUUUUGAAACCAAAAGAGAUGUAGACAAGGCCUUUGAAAAUAUUUACAACAGUUAUACUUCCAGGCAUAAAUACAAUGAUGUCAAAGGGAAGAAGUUAGAAGCUUACACUAGAGCCAUUGAUCACAACGACUUUAAUUUCCACACCACUACAAAUCCUAUCAGGUAUAAAAUCUGGCAACUCACAACCAAGAUAACAGGAGUCGAGAACAAGUCGGCUUUAAAAGUUGCGUUCAUGUUAACUUUUUUGCUACUACCAUCAUGGUUAAAACAAUCAUACACAUGGUACCAGUAUUAUCAUUGCUGGUGGGGUGCAACCAUUUUUUUCAUUCUCACUAACAGCAGAAACGUCGCUACAUGGAAGGGUAUUCUGAGAAGAUUUAUGUACGGAUUCUUUGGUAUUGUUUGGGCAUUUUGCGCUUGCGUUUCCAGAAGAAAUAAUCCGUUUGUCAUUGCAACUUUUGGAGGUAUUUUGUUUGCCCCACUGGCUGUCGAUUUCUUUGUGAAUAAGAACACCAAAUCUAGCCUUACAGCGUCUACAUGCUUUAUCAUUAUUACACUAGGUAUUUAUGGUAAAGCUGAUAAAUUACCAAUGGGCACAUCUGAUAUUUGGAAGAACACCUGGACAACCGGAGUUUCAUUAUUGAUCGGAGUGCUAUUGUCAAUACCGACUACCUGGGUGCUCUGGUCUUUUAAAACUAGACGAGAACUUAGAUUAGCAAUGUCGUCGUUGUUGUCCCAUAUCAGUCAAUCAUACCAAUCUGUUACCGAUAGAUACUUAUAUCGUGAUAUCGACGAUGAUCCUACCGAUUUGUCUUUGCGAUUGUCGAAUAUCAGAGAGGUCAGACUUUAUCAAAGUAUAUAUGCAGCGGCUAGUCUUCUAGACAGAGCAAAACAGGAGCCAAACUAUAUUUCAAAUUUCAAACCGCAUUUAUAUGAAGAAUUGAUUAACCGCUGCAGAUUACUAUUGGAGAAAGUGAUUGAAGCCCGUAUUUCUGGACAGUAUUUUCAAGUAUGGGAAAAUGAUGCAGAUGAAGACAUUACUCAUGCACUUCUUUCUCUAAGAAGAGACAGUGUCUCUUCUGUUAUCUUUGUCUUCUAUAUACUUUCAAAUUGUUUCCGUUCUAAGAAUAAGAUACCAAAGUACCUUCCAAACCCAAUCUUAUCAAGAAAGAAGCUUUAUGACUUCAUAAACAAAUUCGAAAACAUGAGACAAUUGCGUCAAAGAAAUGCACCAGUUUUACCUAGAAAGCCUCUACUAAAAUCUGAUAUUGAUAUUUCCAAAGAUAUCGAAAAGACACACUGGACAGAAGUUCAUGGAAUGGCCUUUGCUAGGGCAUACACAGACUUUACUUUGCACUUGGACCGAGUGAUAAAACUUGCAAGAGAAAUCUUGGGAGAAGAGGCAACAUAA